AUGGAAGUUUUUCGAAAGCUUUUGCCUCGUCGUUCACGCGAUGAAUAUGCCUUUGAAUUACUCAAAAGCACCUCUGCCCAAGAUUUCCUGAGCUCAGCUUCAUCAUCUUCUCGUGGUUCUGAGCUUCCCCGCUGUUAUUCAAACUAUGAUCAUAUAAAGCUAGAAAGGUCUGUAUCGAAUAGAGGAGGUAGAUGCUUGACAGCCUCCCCAGCGGCACUGCUAACACCGAAGAAAAGCGAAGAAGUCAUAGAUUUCAUGAGUGGUCAACCGGAAAUGAGUGAUUCAUCUUCGUUAUUAGGUUUUAUCGCAUCUCCACAUGGGCUUGAUCCAAGCUGCAGUCAUGGCUUCGAUUCGGAGGAUAACUCAUAUGAGAAAGCCAUCAGCGAAUGUCAUCUGUUUCGUGAAAGCCCGCAGUUUGUGGAAGGAGUUUUACUGAAAUGUACCGACAAAAAACCUUUAUUUCCAUAUUUGCAUUUCUGUCAUUUUCAAUCUCAAGAUCAUUCACAUCGCAUACGGGAAAUCAAUGAUUGCAUCCGAAUGUGUUCCACCAAUAACACUAGCUUAUACGGAAGUUAUGAUGAGGUAUAUUCAAUUCAAAAGACAGCCACAGUGUUGGAGCAGAGACUUCCCACUCAUAGACAUGCUGGUUAUAUCGUGGUUGGCUUUAAGCUGCUCGAUGAUGCUACUAAACAACAAAAUCUCGAAAGGACCUGGCUCUCAUGGUCAGGAGCUCGUGAGAUCUAUAAGUACUCUCCCAGAAGUUGGAACUUGAGACGCAUAUCCUUAUUACGACAUCCGACUAUGUCUCGGAACGAUCCUAUGAGGCCAUUUAUUUAUGUUUUAAUGUGUGAAUAUGGCUCUAUUUUGCAUCCGUCCAAUACAAUCCAGGCGAUGGACAUGUGUGAACGUUUACGAGUACGAAACUGUGGUCAUAUAGCCCUUUAUCAAGUUCAUACUGCUUAUAAUUCCAGUAAUACUACAGCUACAAAUAUUUUAUCGGAAAGUACAAGUGCACUCAGUUCAUCAUCUUCAUCUUCACCACCUCGUCGGACAACUGCAGCUCGUUUAACGUCAACAUCAUCUACAACAAGCCAAACAUCUUCCAUGAAAAGAAAUCCAAUGAUGAGAGGAUUAUCGCAAGAUGUUGAAACUCAUAGCAUCAACACUGUGGAUGCUCGUCGAAAUCGGUUAAGAUUACGAGAGAAGAGUUUCCAGUAUCCAGACGAUCACUAUCACACGUAUCACUAUUGA